CAUUUUCUUCUUUCACUGCACAUUCCAAAACCCAAAUCUGCAGAAAUCGGUGACGAAGAAGAGUCAUGGUUGAAGAAAGCGAGAAAUCAGCGGCUUCCGCCAUCAAAGAGGAAUUAGAUAACUCAUCUGAGUCGAACAAGGUUCACCACGGCGAGGAAUCGGAUGCCGAGGAAGGGGAGAUCAUCGCCUCCGAUUCGGACGCCGUCGCACCGCUGCCACCGCCGAGACACCCCCUGGAGCACUCCUGGACGUUCUGGUUCGACAAUCCGUCCGCAAAAUCUAAACAGGCGGCGUGGGGAAGCUCAAUGCGCCCGAUUUACACCUUCUCCACCGUCGAAGAUUUCUGGAGUGUUUACAAUAAUAUACACCAUCCGGGAAAGCUUGCAGUUGGAGCUGACUUUUACUGUUUUAAACAUAAUAUUGAGCCAAAAUGGGAAGAUCCUAUUUGUGCCAAUGGGGGGAAGUGGACUGUGACUUACUCACGCGGUAAAUCCGACACUUGUUGGCUUUACACGUUGCUUGCGAUGAUCGGUGAACAAUUUGAUUAUGGAGAUGAAAUUUGUGGGGCUGUUGUGAAUGUUCGAGCAAGGCAAGAGAAAAUUUCAAUCUGGACAAAGAAUGCUACCAAUGAAGCUGCUCAGCUUAGUAUUGGAAGGCAGUGGAAGGAUUUUCUGGAUUAUAAUGAAACCAUUGGUUUCAUAUUCCAUGAGGAUGCAAAGAAGGACAGGGGAGCCAAGAACAAGUAUACGGUUUAGCAGUCUGAAUUCUAGGUGGUCACUUGCUGGCCUGUUUGAAUCAUCGGUUCAAUAUGAAACCUACCUUUGUUUGUCUUGCUAAAAACGUGAAAUAGGAUCAUCUUUUAGUAUCUCCAGUUUUUGUAUUAAAAAAAAGACUAUUUCUGAGUUUCCAUCGAUAUAGAAUUAGGUAUCGUGCUGAA